AUGGCAGGGCAUAUGCGUGCCUACAUCACAGUCUGUCCUGGUGUUGCAGUGGCUUUUCUAGUGGAUGACCGCUGCAAACACAAAGAUGAUAAUGACUAUGGAAUCUGUCUGGUGCGUGGGCAUGUGUACGUCUCCGUGUGCGAGUCUUGUCUUACAUCGGAGGAGCCUGAGUCUCUCAAUUUCAGUCUCGCCUUGGGUAGCAGACAUCGACGCGCAUGCGGAAGCCCAAACUCCGUCCAAAGGCGGAGAGGAAGACAGACGUAUAGCCGUUUCCAAACACUGGAGCUGGAAAAGGAGUUUCAGUACAGUCACUAUCUUACACGACGUCGGCGAAUAGAAAUAGCCCACAGCCUAUGCCUAACUGAACGUCAAAUAAAAAUCUGGUUUCAAAAUCGUCGAAUGAAGUUGAAAAAGGAGAGGCAGCAGAUCAAAGACCUCAACGAUGAAAUGAAUCGUCGAAUAAUGAGCGAAAGCCACAGGAAUCUCAAAGUUCCUUUCUCCCAUCCUCUACCUCCUCCUCCGUCUCCCUCUCUUCCUCCGCCUCCUCCUAAUAUCCCACAAGUUAUCGAAUCUGGGUCCUUGUCCUUCCCCCACUUUUUGCCCCACCACCCUCUGUCCCAUCCUAUUAGCCUCCAUCCCACCUCUACAACGUCAAAUGAGGACUUCUCUAAAGUUGAUCGUGCUAGCUGA